AUGGACUUAGCCAGUGGAAUUGGCUCUUCUGCUGGGCUAGAUGCUGCACUUUUGUUCGGCUUUUCAGGUACCGAAAGACGACCCCGAGGAGAAGCUUCCAUUGCCCCCUCGCCAUUAUUCCAAACGCCUGCUUACAACGAUCCACCCACCCCAGAAGCCUGCAAUAGUUCGGCCGUCCCAGUGUUUAGUAUACGAAAUUCAAAUACUCAUCUUCCUCCUCCAUCACCACCAAAACCACCAAGAUUGAGGAAAGAAAAGGCCAUUCCUGCUGUCCUAGAAUGCCUUUUCUGUGACGAUAAAAUUUCACUACACUCGGUUCGUCGUGUGAUCAGGGAUGUCGAUAUAAAUCUUCGCGUCCAGCCAACGCUCAGCAAAAUGAUAUUCAACCAUAUACUUCAAACUCAGAAAAUAAAAAGAUGGAUGGUUACUGAUUUGCACGAUUUCCUUUUGGAUCCAUCGUUAAAUGCUCCGGGCUCGAACAAUUAUGCGACUUUGAUGGAAUACUUGAGUCUGCAGAGGUUUUCUUUGCCAGUCAUAAUUGAGCACCUCGAUCAGCUGGCGGCGGGUUUGACCCUUGGAGCAAUACCUCUCAAUGAAAUUGAGAAUAUAAUUGUUAAGCUGCCAAAUCUUAAUAGCAGUGAGGGUUCUUUUGCACACUCGCACCCAGACCUUCUGGUUUCUUUCUACACGGAACUUUGGACGGGCUUGCGAGAAUGCGCUGUGCUAAGGGCCAGUGACCUUGGCCCUUCCACUCUUAACCUGUGGCUGGACAUAUUGCUAAAUUUACCGCCGGGAACUAAAUCGAUCGCUUUAUGCAACCAUAUUCUUCAUACCUUGAGGAAGAUGGGGCACUUAGAGCAGAAGGCCAUGUCCAAGGUUCUGCUACAUACCCUUGAAUUUUCUACUGAGAAACCGGCUAUGCCAAGAAAAGAUGAUUGGAUGGAUAGGAAAAGCCUGCAAUAUCGCCUACAGGAGAUGUCAAAUACGUUACGAUACUUCCCCAGUACAUUCGCCCUUUCCAGCAUAUUCGGCACUACGGAAGCUUUGAUAUGCUCACCCAAUUAUGAUACCAACCGCCCUCAGAUGCUGCUAGUUUGGUCAUGGAUGCUGCAGCGCCUGGUUGGACUUCGUGGCAUGCUUUCUUCGGAGAUAUGGAUGGAGUUUCAAGUUUCAUGCCCGGACAAAAACCAGCUGGGUAAAGCCCUUACUGCCGAGGAAGUUUGUUUUGUGCGGAUGUGGUUACUACGAAUUAUUGGCCGCCGCACAAAGAUGUAUUUCGAUAUUGACAGUCGCCGAAUGGAUCUGUUCGCUAAAUACCUCCUCUACUUGAAACAAGCUUCUGGAUUACAUGAAAGGGGUGGUAUGCUAGCGAAAGUCCAGUCUCUUAUUUUGCGUUUCGACAAACUAGGUCUCCCUUACACGGAUCACGUUCUUGUGACGGCGGUCAGAUCAAAAUAUAUGCAACGAAUGGGGCUUACCGGACCUUUACCGCAGUCGAUGAUAUCAGCAAUAAACAGCCUUGACUGUGGUGUUUUGCACAAACCAGAACUUAUGUGGAUGUACGAGAAAGGAACAUCGCUCAAUAACCUCGGCAAUGCAUUAUUUGAACAAGCAGCGCUGGAGACAGAUAUAACCGACCCACACUUUCUCCAUCGUUUACUGCUAUAUACGGAAAACAACGUCAUACACUCCCGAGGGGUCCUCCUUGGACUCAUUGAGAACCACAAGCCGCUGAGAUACGCUUUACAAAAGCUACGAUACUCACCACCUGGUAAAGGAGUGGCAGUAAACCCUACCAAGUAUUUACCCGAGGGAAUACCUAUCCUUGACCCACAAGCAUGUCUUAACACGAUAACUUUCCUUGCAUUGGUUUUCUCUACUGUGCCUGUUUCUAAUCGGGUUGCAUGGAGGUUAACAUAUCGGUGCUGCAAGCUUCUUCGAACGCAGAAUGCACCGAUAUUGCCUGCCAUGUGCCGGGCCUUGUAUCAUGCUGGCAUACAACGAUACAUUGACUCUGGGAGCAGGGUGCCUCAUGAGAGACGGAAAUAUAUAAUGGACAUAUUAAGGGAAGUAGAAGGGCCUCAAGUCGGUGGUUUGAAAGCCUAUUGA